AUGGUUGUCUGUUACAUGGUCGUCACGCCAGAUCCUCGUACCACAGUAUCAGAAUCGUACUAUGUCAAAUUUGGUGACGGUCCCUCACACGCUGCCUAUUACAGAUGCAACCCAGAUCAUGCAUACGAAGCAAACGAUCGUUCUCCAGCGCAGUAUCUUAAUGUGGUGACUUAUGAUGCAUCACUGGCGGCCAGGCAGCCAGGUAAAUGGUUGGAAUGGAUUCAUAUCAAAAUCACGGGAGGUAUGAGAGUUUAUGCAAACACAGAAUGGCAUAUGCUGCAAUGGAACCGAUGGGAGGAAAUAGGAGGAAGCGUGGAUAAUCCAACUAGUAAUUUCGAGAACAUUGUGGACAAUACCUGGUGGUGUGAUAAUCAGGAAGCAAUUGCUCAGUUUGUCAAUUAA